AUGGACACUCUCUCAGAGAUUGAGUUUUGUAUGGAGAAUUUAAUAACUGAAAAUGAUCAGAGAGAACACAAAAAUCAGUUCCAGGCCAGCACUGCAGUUAAUGUAAAGUUUUUUUCGUCUUUUAAAUGGCUUAUAUACAAUCAUAUAACGAGGGUGCCAACAAGCCGCAUACGCCAAAUUUGCACUUCUGCUCACAUUCUUGGUGCUUGUAAAACUGCUCUUUCCCAGGGAAGAAAUACCUUUAGACACGAUUCUGUACUUACCCAUUUGGUAGAAACUUUGAAGAAGUUCAUUUUUGAGCUUCCUUCUGAACCUCCUAAAAAAUGUCACAAAAUAACCUUUCUGAGAGCUUGGUCAAAGGCACGUACAAAAUCUAAAGUGUCAGGUAUACUGCACCUGACCAAAGAUUGGAAGAUCGUUGCUGACACACACUCGAACUAUGUGUUUCCUAGCCAUAUUGCCAUUUCUGAGCUUAAACCGGACCUUGUGCUAUAUUCAAAUGACCUUAAGCGUGUUAUUAUUGUGGAACUCACUUGCCCAUGUGAGGAAAACAUGAAUGCUAGGCACUCCACCAAAGUUGCCAAGUAUUCCUGUUUAAUAAAUGUGAUUAUGGUUAAUGGCUGGCAAGUUGAUUUCUUUGCAGUGGAAGUAGGAGCAAGAGGGUAUUGUGCAAGAACCACCAUUGCCUGUUUGAAAAAAAUGGGUUUCACCAACAAACUUGCUUAUUCCACUGCAAAUAAUCUCGGUUAA